AAAGUCAUCAUCCAACUCAUCUAUUUUUCCUUCUUGUUUGAAUUAUGCAGGCAUGAAGGGAAGUUAAUAAAAUCAAUUGUUCAAGAAGUUUGGUGUGAAUUAAGAAAGAGCCUCUUGACCGUUUCUGAUGACAUAGUUGGAAUCCAUUCUCAUUUAGAAGAAAUGAUGAAGUUACUAGACGUUACAUCUAAAGAUAGACGGAUUGUGGGUAUCCAUGGCUUAGGUGGUGUUGGUAAGACAACAGUUGCUAGGUGUGUGUAUAAUACAGUCCAUCAUGGCUUUGAAGGAUGUAGCUUUAUAGCAGAUGUUCGAGAAACUUUCCAAACAAGGGGAGCUGUCCAUUUGCAAAAUCUACUUGUCACUAAUAUCUUGAACCUAAGGAAUCCAAACAUUACUAGUAUUGAUCAAGGAAUUGAUAUGAUCAAGCAAAGAUUAUCCAACAAGAAAGUUCUUAUUGUUCUUGAUGAUGUGGAUCAAAAUACUGAUUUAAAAGCAAUAAUCGGGAAGCGUGAUUGGUUUGGUUUUGGAAGUAGGAUUAUUAUUACAACCAGGGAUAGGCAUAUCUUAGAUCUUCUUGAAGUAGACGGAGCUUACGAGCCCAAUGACAUGGAUUCAGAUCAAUCUCUUAAACUAUUUAGCAAACAUGCCUUCAAAAUGGACUAUCCUCCGAAAAAUUAUUUGGAACUCUCAAAAGAUGUAGUGAAAACUACUGGAGGACUUCCAUUGGCUCUUGAGGUUAUAGGUUCAUCAUUGUUUGGCAGAGGAGAAUUAGCAUGGAAAGACACAGUGAAGAAGUUGGCCAAAAUUCCAGAUAAUGCAGUGCAGAAGAAGUUGAGAAUAAGUUACGAUGGAUUAAGUUAUGAAGAGAAAGAGAUAUUUCUUGAUAUUGCUUGUUUUUUUAUCGGAAUAGAUAAGAACAUUGCAUGUUACAUAUGGGAUGGUUGUGGUUUUUUCCCUGGAGAUGGAAUUGAUAAGCUUUGCCUGAAUGCACUGGUUAAGAUUGAUGAAAAUAAUGAGUUGAGGAUGCAUGACCAGCUAAGAGAUCUUGGAAGAGAAAUUGUUCGUCAAGAAAACUUUAAGGAGCCUGGGGAACGUAGUAGAUUGUGGUCGCAUGAGGCGGCAUUGGAAGUAUUGAGUACUCGAAAGGGAACAAGGAAAGUUGAAGGACUCUGUGUAACCUUCCUUGAAUGGGGAAAUAGCCAAUGUAUAAAGAGGGAAGGAUUUGAUGCAAUGACAACACUAAGGUUACUUCAGCUCGAUUAUGCCGAGGUUGCUGGAAACUUCGUGCUCUCUUUUCCAGAAUUGAGAUGGCUUAGUUGGAAAAGAUGCCCUACACAAUUUACUCUAACCAAUCUAAGGAGGUUGUGUGUUCUUGAUCUGUCAGAGAGUGACAUCACAGAAAAUUGGAUGGGUUGGAACUAUAUCAAGGAGGCAGAAACUCUUAAAUUUCUCAACUUGAGUCAUUGUAAUCAACUAUACCGAACUCCAGACUUGUCGGGAAAUAAACAAUUGGAGGUAUUGCUUCUUGAAAAGUGUGGAAAGUUGACUACAAUUGACGCAUCCAUUGGUCAUCUUAAGAGGUUAGUCAUAUUGAACAUGAGGGGCUGCACUAGUCUAAUGCAUCUCCCAACCAGCAUUUGUGAGUUGAGUUCACUGAAAAUGCUUGACAUUAGAAAUGCAAUAAUCAGCCAGUUACCAGAAGCAUUGGGCCGCUUGGAAGCCUUAACGGAGCUUUAUGUUAACUAUUCUGUAACACGGUUACCUAGUUCAAUACGUCAUCUGAGAAACCUCAAAAUUUUAAGUUCUGAUUUUGAAUUUUUUAACACCUUUCAUAGGUUGUUAGAUUUUUAUUUUAAAGGAGUUUCACAUAUGGAGUUGGAGAUGGAUCUCCCAGACCUUCCUCCAAGUUUGAAAUAUUUGGAUGUUUCGACAUGCAAAAUGAGAUCACUCCCAAGGCUUUCAAAUCUGACAAAUUUAGAGGUAUUGCACCUAUGUGACUGUCAAAAACUGGUGGAGAUACCAACUACCAUCAAUGCUCUUACAAGGCUGAACUCACUCCAUUUAAAACAUUGCCCUCUCCUCCAAUGCAUCUCACAUCUUCCCUCAAGUCUGAAAAGCCUGAGUGUUUAUAAUUGUAAAAAUGUGAGAGAAAUAUCAGGUUUCUCGAACAUGAGAAUGUUGGUGAAAUUAUUUCUUGAUCAUUGCAAGAGGCUAGUAAAAGUUGGAAGCCUUGAGGGAUUAGUUUCCCUGCAGCAGUUUGAGAUAGAGAACUGUCACGCAUUAAGAAAAUUACCAAAACUUUGGGGCUUGAAAAAUUUGUGGCACUUAAAGUUCGAGAGAGAUGGCUUAUCUGAGAUUGAAGGGCUUGAGGGAUUGUACUCCCUGGAAUGCUUGAUUAUAAAGAGAUGCCAAUUAUUAAGAAGAAUUCCAAAUCUAUCAGACUCGAAGAAUCUUGUGGACAUUCAAAUCCAAUACUGCUAUGAGUUAUUUGAGAUUGGGGGACUUAAGGGAUUGGACUCCCUGGAAACACUGUCUGUAUCAUAUUGCCCAUCAUUGAGAAAGAUACAACUUCCCAAAAAACUGUAUGAAUUAGAAAUCUUUGAGUGUGGCAAGUUAUCUAAGAUUGAGGGUCUUGAGGAUUUGGAAUCUUUGACAAGAUUUCUCCUCCAUAGCUGCGAAUCAAUCAUAAGAUUACCAGACUUAUCCAACUUAAAGACAUUGAAGGAUCUAAGUAUUUGUGACCUGCCACUAAAGAAUCUCUACUUUGAGGGAUUGGAAUCCCUGAAAAAUUUAAGCUUAUAUGGAUCCAAAUCAUUAGAAGUAUUACAAUAUGUCUCACUCUUGAAUAACCCGAAAUGUCUACUGCCCUAUGGAUGUGAGAAGUUAGCCAAGAUCCAAAGUGUUGGCAGAUUGGAGUCCUUGGAAGUAUUGAAUGUGGAAAGCUGCAAAAAAAUGAAAAUAUUAGCAGAUAUCUCGAACUUAACAAAACUACAGGCAUUAUACAUCAAACAUUGUGAGAAGCUUACUGAAAUUCAGGGAGUUGAUAGGUUGGAAAUUCUAAAGGUCUUGUGUAUGGAUGGGUGCAUUUCUAUUGAAACAUUACCAAGUCUGUCGAAGUUAAAGAAGUUGAUGAUUCUAUCUGCUGUCGACUGCGAGAAAUUAACCAAGAUUCAAGGUGUGGAUGAAUUGGAAUCAUUAGAGGAGUUGGAUUUUCGUGGGUGCAUUUCUAUUGAAACAUUAUCAAGUCUAUCAAAGUCAAAGAACUUGAGGACUCUAUCAGUUGUCAACUGCAAGAAGUUAACCAAGAUUCAAGGUGUGGACAAGUUGGAAUCUUUAGAGUCGUUCGAUGUUAGUGGGUGCAUUACUAUCGAAACAUUACCAUAUCUGUCAAACUUGACGAAGUUGAGGAUUCUAUCAGCUGUCGACUGCAAGAAGUUAACGGAGAUUCAAGGUGUUGAUGAGUUGGAAUCCUUAGAGUCAUUCGAUGUUAGUGGGUGCAUUUCUAUUGAAACAUUACCAUGUCUGUCAAACUUAAAGAAGUUGAGGAUUCUAUCAGUUGUCAACUGCAAGAAGUUAACGGGGAUUCAAGGUGUGGACGAGUUGGAAUCCUUACAGGAUUUCAAUGUUGAUGGAUGCAUUUCUAUGGAAAAUUUUCCAUGUCCAAAGUUAAAAAAAGAUGAGACUCCUAACUGUGCAAUAUGUUAGUGUGUGCAUAUCCACAAAAAUUACCUGAUAUGUCAAGCUGCAAGUCUAAAAGGAUAUUAUUGAGUCCAUCUAUCAUCGCAGCUAAUCUUCUCAGCAAUAAAAGGGUGUUUUCGGAUGAAUUCCCCCUCCCCUUUUAUUUUUCCUUCUGGACAUCGGAGCUCCUCUAGUUGGUGAGUAUUUAUUUGGUUGAAGGACAAAUAUAACUUCCUUCCAUUGGCUGCCUGUUUCCCUCCCAAAAUUUAUCUUCUUCCCCUUUUUUUGAAUCAGUGAUCACAACUACUAUUCACCUUCACUCAUUCUCCAAUCACUAUUCAUUAGAUCCCUAUGCAGAUCGAUUCAUGUUGUGGAAGAUGUAGCUAGCAAAUCUAAGGCACCUAAUUCAUACAAUUUUAAAUUUCCAUCCAGUGCACAGUUGCACACAGUUUUGCUUGAUUUUUUUCUUAGGUUAGAACUAAUAUUUAAUCUAAAGCAGUCAAGCUACUUCAUUGAUCCAACUUCUAUUCAGAGUUGGGGCCAAAUCAAAUUUUAGCCAGAUAUACUGGUUGAUGUUAUGAGGCUAAUGCAGUAAUUAACCAAUGUAAAUCCCUGAUUAAUUGAUGACUUGGAUGAGUAAAAAUGUGAUCAGCUUGAUUAUUGAAAUUUGGGUGAAUUUUUCAUUUUCCCACAAGAAACAAUGAACAAAAUUUUAUUUCUUGAAAACUGAAUGGAAGUGUCGCAGAUCCCCUGUACAAUCAUUGUAUCCCUUGCUCAUCCUAUGAAUAAAAGUGAGAAUUGUUCAUUUUAUACACAAAAAUUGGCCAUUUAAAUUAAAGUUCGGUUGACAUUCCUGAAACCAGAUCUGGAAUCAGCAGCAGACA